AUGUCUGAGUUGCAGCACCUUCCUCGUGCUCUAUUUGCUUACUUUGCUGUAUUUGUGCGCGAACACGAACGAGAGAAGUUCAGCCAACUCUGCAAGGGUCUCACAGGCCUUCCAGUACAGGAUACCCAGGCCGGUUCCGAGGGCAAUACCGUCCCAUCUUCCGGCCAGAUUCCAGCCCUGGCCGAAUUACUCUCCGUCUGUCCGCGUUGUCAGAAGCGUCCAAUUGAGAAUCCCUUAAGGGCGCCCUGCUCACACUGUUGCUGCUUCACGUGUUGGCGGGAUAUAAUUGAAAAGGUAAGUACGUGUGACAGCCUUGGUGGUUUCGCUGAAAGCAGAAGUAGAUGUAUCUGUAGUGGUCGACAAACAUUUUGUUAG